AUGUACGAAAAUUAUGGAUAUUCAAAUGUAAUAAGCAAUGAUGUAAAAAGUUCAUUAAUUGAAGGAGAAAAACUUUCCAAUAAAUUUCGAAAUAGAGGAUUAACUAGAGACAAAAGAGCAACUAUAAAUUCUGUACUAGAUAAUAGAACUUUAAUUAUUUUAAAAAAAUUAAAAGAUAAUUUAUUAAAUGAAAUAUACGGGGUCAUUAGUUCUGGAAAAGAAGCUUAUGUAUUUAAUUCACACAAAUAUUUAAAUAAUGAGGAAAUUAAUUCGAUCAAAGAAAUUAUAUUAAAACAAAUAGACGAAAAAGAAAAAUGUAGAGAAAGUAUGAAAAAAAUUAUUUGUAAAAAUAAAAAUAGCAUAAAUGAACAAGAUAAAAAUAUUGAAGAAAGUGAAAGGUAUGAAAAUGAGAAAAAUGAAGAGGAUGAAGAAUAUGAGGAAUAUAGCGAAGAAUGUGAAGAAUAUAACGAAGUAAGUGAAGAAAAUAAUGAAGAAAGAGAAGAAUAUGAAAAUUGUGAAAUAGAAAAUUAUAAAAAUGAAGAAAUUGAAAAAUAUAAAAAUUACAUACAUAAUAAUUUAUAUAAAAUAAAUGAUAUAUAUAAUAAUUCUGAAAAAAUAGAAGCAAAUAAAUUAGAAAACAUAAAAUUGCAAAGUAAACCAGAAGAAACUUUUGAUAUAAUAAAUGAAAUGAGAAAAAUGAGUUAUAAACAUAAAAAAGACAAUUUAGACAUUUUUGAUAAUAGAAAAGUAGCUAUAUCCUUUGCUACAAAAAUUUAUAAUACAUCUAUUUUAGUAUUUAAAAAAAGAUCUCAAUAUAUUGAAGGAGAAUUCAGAUUUAGGAAUGCUUAUACAAAAAAUACCAACCCACGAAAAAUGGUUAAACAAUGGUCAGAAAAAGAAUUUCGAAAUUUAAGACGAAUAUUAAUUUAUGGUUUAAGAUGUCCUUACCCUUUGGUUUUAAAAAGUAAUGUAAUUGUAAUGAGUAAACUUGGAACUCUGGAUGAGGCAAGUCGUAAAAUGAAAGAUUUAAAUUUGAGUACAUUAAAAUGGAAAGAAUUAUAUAUUGAAUGCAUUUGUAUUUUAAGAUUACUAUUUAGUAAUUGUAAACUUGUCCAUGCUGAUUUUUCAGAAUAUAAUUUACUAUAUUUUUAUAAUCAUAUUUAUAUAAUUGAUGUUUCCCAAUCAAUGGAGCAUGAUCAUCCAUAUUCUUUAGAAUUUUUAAAAAGAGACUGUUUAAAUAUUACUAAUUUUUUCAAAAAAUACAUUGGAAAUAUUCAAAAUGAUGAAUCUAAUGGUAUGCAGUUAAAUAAUACUUAUAUUAAUGAGCACAAGAAACAGUAUAAUAUAGAAAUCCCCAUUAGUUCAUAUAAUAAUGAAAUAUCUUAUGAUUAUUCAAGAAAUCAGGCAUUAAAUGAAAAAUCAAAUGAAAGAUAUGAUAAAUACAUAAAUUUAAUUAACUCUUCAAGCGAAGAUUUUUAUGACAACGUACAAAUUUUACCUUUGAAGAAAUUAUUCGAUUAUAUUGUAUCAUCUUCUCUUCCUGAAGAUGUAUUAUACUUCUUAGAAAAUGAUAAAAAGAAAAUUUCUUUAAAUCCUUUCGAAAUGAUAUAUCUUCAAAUUUUUGGCUUAUUAAAAAAUACCACUCCAAUACCUAAACUAAACUUAAAAAAAAUAAAAAAAAAUAGAAUUUAUUUUGAAAAAUUAAAAAGAGCUACAUGUUACUAUGUAACAAAAUUUUCUUCUCAAAAGCGUUUUUGUCAAAAAAACUCUGAUAGAGAACAAGUAGAAGAACAAAUUUUUUUAAAUUCAUGGAUCCCUUCAUAUUUAAAUGAAAUAAAAGAUAUCAGAACUAUCGAAAAAGAUUUAAAAUUAUUAAAAAAAGGGAAAUCAAUAGCCAAUAAUUUCAUUUCAAACAAUUAUGAUAAGACAGAUGAUUUCUAUAAAAAAAAUAAUUAUAUUGAAAAUAAUUAUGAUAACACACACAACUGUGAUAGUGAAAUUAAUAAAAAUAACCUUUUGAGAAAAAUUGAUUUAGAUGAAAAAAAUGAAGAGUUAAAUUCACAAAGGAGACAAAAAUUAGAUAUUGAAAAAAGAGAGAUUGAUGAAAUGGAGUAUGAGAAAAAAAACGAAGAAGAAAAUUUUACUGAAUUAAAUGAAAAAAAAUUGUCUAUUUCCUUUGAAAAAAAUUCAGAUCAUGAUUUGUCAGAUUCAUGUAAAUCUUCUAUAUCAAGUAAUUAUAAUUCUUGUUCAUACAGUGAGCAAGAACAAGAAAAAUUUAAAGGAAUUAUACCUGAAGGUAUUACAAGAAAAGAAUGGAGUAAAUUGGUAAAAGAACAAAACAGAGAAAAAAGAAAACAUAAAAUACCUAAAUAUCAGAAAAAAAAGAAGAAAAAAAAAUCUCAUUUAAAAAAGAAAAAAUAA